AGGGUACAAGCAGUAACUUUUCCUGGAUCUGCGAUUUUGUACGGUUUUACGUUGUUUCAGGAUUGAACGGAAUUUGUCUUAAUAUUUCUAAAUCUUUACAAUCUUGGGAAGCAUUCAAGUAGCUAUAGGCCUAUCCGUUUAGUUUUAAACGAAUACAUAAAGAUGGAGUUGUCGGAUAUUUCUUUCCCCAUCCCAUCAGCUGAUGAUUUCUACGACGACCCUUGCUUCAACACUAAUGACAUGCACUUCUUUGAAGACCUGGACCCCAGGCUCGUCCACGUGAGCCUGCUCAAGCCCGACGAGCAUCAUCUCGAGGACGAGCACGUGAGGGCGCCCAGCGGGCAUCACCAGGCCGGCAGGUGCCUGCUGUGGGCAUGCAAAGCCUGCAAGAGAAAAACCACCAACGCUGACCGCCGCAAAGCCGCCACCAUGAGGGAGAGGAGAAGACUGAGCAAAGUCAACGACGCUUUCGAGACCCUCAAGAGGUGCACGUCCAACAACCCCAACCAGAGGCUGCCCAAAGUGGAGAUCCUGAGAAACGCCAUCAGUUACAUCGAGUCUCUGCAGGCGCUGCUCAGAGGGCAAGAGGAAAACUACUACCCCGUCCUGGAACAUUACAGCGGAGACUCCGACGCGUCCAGCCCGAGAUCCAACUGCUCUGACGGCAUGAUGGAUUUCAUGGGUCCCACAUGUCAGAGAAGACGGAACAGUUAUGACAGCUCUUACUUCAGCGACACGCCGAAUGCUGACGCACGGAAUACUAAAAGCUCGGUGGUGUCGAGUUUGGAUUGUCUGUCCAGCAUCGUGGAGCGCAUCUCCACAGAGACCCCCGCGUGCCCCGUGCUGUCGGUACCGGAGGGGCACGAGGGGAGCCCGUGUUCUCCGCAGGAGGGGUCUGUCCUGAGUGAGACCGGGGCCCCCGCACCGUCCCCGACCAACUGCCCCCAACAGCAGGCUCAGGACCCCAUCUAUCAAGUGCUUUAAAGACCCGCAGCAAAACAAAUAUAAACGGACAAUCUGAAUUGAGAAUAAUUCAACAGACGAAUGGCAUAUCCGAUCUUAAAAAGAAAGACUAUUCCGAUCCACUGCUGGAAACUAUAGGAACGAGUGAUAUUUCUUUCUUUCUUUCUUUCUUUCUUUCUUUCUUUCUUUCUUUCUUUCUUUCUUUCUUUCUUUCUUUCUUUCUUUCUUUCUUUCUGUGGAAAACGAAUUCCAUUCUGAAAAUGGCUCGGCAGAUCAACAGAAGUGAGUUUCUUAACUACGCUUAUUUAUAUUGUUGUAUCCACGUGAAAAUGUGACCAUAUUUUCUUUCCCCCUCUUUGUGAAUAUGUUUUCCGUCACCAUCAGCUUUUAUUUCCUAGUUAUUUACGAGGGAAUCGUACUCCAGAUACGAAAAGUAGGACCACUUUUGUACAUGUGUAAAUAAGAUGUGUUUUGUUAAAGCGACGGAAACGAACAAACAUAUUGUUGUAUUUAAUGAUGCCUGUUUGAAACACUUGCUUGUUGUGUCUUGUGUUAAACUUUAUAUUUAUACUUCUUAAACGAGUGAAUGUCGGAUUAAUAAAAAAAAUAACUAUUUAUACUCAAA